GUUGACAGCAGUCGAGAUCAUGAUCUGAGGAACAAUUUCAAGCGACAAUGACGGGGAAAGUAUUAGUCGUGUUAAUCCUUGCCUCCGGAAUUUUGCAACUCACUUCAGGUACUUGCGAGCCUGAGGUCACAGGCAUGAAUAUACUAAGCGGCAGCAGCGCCGGAGAGACAAAUAUCAUCAUAAUUGGAAAAUGCCUCAGGCAGGAUGACAAGUCGCCUAAGAACGAGGUGUGGUUAGUGUCCUGGAAAGAGGCUGUAAAGGGUACUGUUAAUGACGAACAGUCGAACAGUGACAAAAUAAUUUUCCGUACACCGAAAAUUGCUGACGGACAUUACAACCUGCGAGUUAAAAUAAAUGGCGGGCCUAAGGAUGUGCAAUGGGGUAAGAUGUGUGCAGCAGAUAGGGAGAAAUGCCUGUUCAAGGUGACGACUAAAGACGACACACCGACCGUAGAAUCAGUUGAACCAUCAUCUGGUCCUCCAGGCACCAUAGUAAAGAUCCAGGGUAACCUUAUCACUGACUGCACACAAAGCGACAACAUGGGUUGCAGUGACAAGGCGGUGAAGAUCAGGAGAGUCUACGUUGGCGGUUAUACAUGUGAUUUAAGGAUUAAUGGAACAGAUGAACAGUAUGGUAUCGAAUACAACGAAGCCACCAAACACGGGUCCUUCAAAUGCAAAAUAAGCGGAACAUUCGUAGGCUGCCAAGAUAUAAGUUUUAUUGUUGACGGAGCAUAUGGGAGAUCCAAGGCCAUGACGACAUCAAUGAGGGCCAUGACGCGCACCGACAUCUGUAUGAUUGAGACACGCGCAGGGGUGAAAGGAGUUUCACCAGCAGCAGGCAGUACAGAAGGCGGAACAAUUCUUGAAAUAGUAGGAUUAUAUUUCGAUGAAACGACAUCUCCAGCCAAAGUAACAGUAGGAGGGACACCUUGCAAGGUGCUAGCAUUAGAGGAUACGAAGAUAACCUGUGUCACGGCCCCAAUGGCUCGUCAGAAUGUAAUGUAUCCAGGCAACCGUGGUAUCAAAGUUGAAAUCUGGAAUGAAGAAGAGGACUUAGACAACAUUGGGAACUUAACGGCAGCAUCAAACAGCUCCAUGUACACCACGAAGAUACUUAAUUCCAGUGAAUUCUCUAGCGACACGAGCCCUUGCGUGACCAAGCUGUCCGGUUAUUUCGUUGCCAAAGUAUCAGGCGUACAUAAAUUUUUCCUCAAGGCGAAAGCCUCCGGGCGGUUGUAUUUUAGCCCGAUUGGAAGACCUGAACACAAGCAACUCAUCGUCAAUGCGACGAGCUUUUCACAAUUCCCUGGGUCGGCUGAAUUUGAUCUGAAAGAAGGGGAGCCGUAUUAUCUUGAAGCACACCAAAGCAACCCUACUGGUAACUGCGCUGUACGAAUAGCGGUCCAAGUGUACAACACAACAUUCAACAGUAUACAGCACACUAGUGACGCCCGUAAUGAGGUACAAGCUGUCGAAAUCAGAUCAACAAAGAUAGAGGAGACUCAGGAAAUUUUACUGGAGAAGUUGCCGAAUGUACAACAGGUGAAGCGCAACGAGCAACAGUCUGUUGCCCUAACAGGGAAUGGCGAAUACCAACUAAAGGUGGACGGCAUGUCAACUGGGUUAGUUGAUUCCUCACAAGCAAUCUCCGAUGUGCUGAGGGCGAUUGAAAAUCUGCCAGUUAUUGGAACCGGUAACGCAAAAGUCGAAGGAACAAGUACGAAUUACAAAGUUACAUUCACAGAAGACAAAGGCACAAGAAGAAAGAUAGAGGUCAUACCUCGUUCAUCAAACCUGACGGGCACAGUGACAGUUGAUACACAAGGCACAGCAAGCAUGGAAUAUACAUAUCUUCAACAUGAUGGUGUGACGUCUGGAAUGAAAAUUAAAGCAAAUUCAGAUGCGGCAGAAAUCGAAAGCGCCGUCUUGGACAUAUUCAGUAACAAGUGCCCAAACGAUUUCUAUGCACCAGAAGCAACAGAAGUGCAGUACUCCCAGAGCUUCGAGUCUGGCGACUCUUGCGUCGAUUCCGGAACUAUUGAAAUCGGGGUGGCAUUCUGCGGCCGUAACAGUCUGAAGCUGGCGGCGAGAACACCUACCAAGAUUAACUUUCAUUGUGAUAAGUCUACAAACAAGGAUGACGUGAUGUUAGAGAAGUUCAAAUUCCUUUGUUUUGCCAGCCACGGACACAUCCGGAAUGACAUCUAUGUAUAUUACAGCUACUUCCAGAUCAAUCGUAAAUACGGCACUGUUUCAAUUUCCCUUGCCGAGAAAAGUAUUCACAACGUCGCUGUCGAUGGAUGGCAGUAUCGAUGCAUCAAUAUUUUCGAUUUGAUACUGCCAACCUUGCCGUCCGGUAAUCCUAUAAUGGGACUACAGAUAUUGGCAAUGCACAUGUCGAGACAUCGCCCAUACCAGUUGUCUGACGUAUUUGCGGAUGACAUUCAGAUGAGGAAGGAGUUACCAUUCAGUGCAGCUGACCGAGAGGUAUUGCACACCAGACGACUCGCGGUCAAGAACAACCAUCGCGUACGGAGUGUUAGGGUCCAGCGACUAAAUUCAACAUCAUUCACUGUUAAACUGGAAGCCUAUAACUGUAGCUCUGACUUCUCCCUUAUUCAACCUUACAACUCUGAGGGCAGCACAACAGGAGACCCGGGCACGUUCCGCCAGUCUACUUGGCCAAGUGGGGCAGAAGUCACAGUGAGAAGGUUCUCACGUGCUUCACUCCCAGUCACUGGAACUUUCGACCUAACCUAUAAUGGAACGACAAUUACAGCUGUUUCAGCUCAGGCUGGUGCUGGAGAACUCAGACAGAUGCUACAAACAGCCGGGCUAGGGGCAUUUGGCGUUGGGAGGCACGGGACAUGUGCAGGCUACAAGUGGAAUAUCUAUUUCAAUGAUGGUGGUGGCAGCAGGACGCUGAUAACGAUAUCCGAUUCAAACUUGAAGGGAACCGAUCCCACGAUAACAACCGACAAAAUAUCCACCGGUAGCUUGUUUCUGAACCCUAUUCCUGAUCGUUUGCUUGCUACGUCACACACCAAGCCACAGGUGGUCGUUACGAUCAAUGACAUCCCAUCAAAUUGCGAACAAGGAAAGUGUGAUUUCACUUGGGAUCCAAGCAAUACACCAGUAGUCUCAUCGGUCGUGCCAAAUAAAGGUAUCAAAGAUACCAUUGUAACUAUCACAGGGACUGGCUUCCAAACAGACAAUGCUGAGAAUACGGUACAGUUUGGAACCAGUACUUGUUCCGUGGAGAGCUCGAGUGAGACGGAGAUACGAUGCAAGCUGGGAAAAGGAAUAUUUGGGACCUACCCUGCGAAUGUGACGGUGGCGGGGAAGGGCAAAGCAAAAGGAAGUGCAGUGUUCAAGUAUGACUCCCAAGUCACUGGAGUCAAUCCCACCAAUGGCGGCACAGGAGGUGGUACAAAGGUUGACGUGACUGGGCAAGGUUUGGAUAGUCGUCAUGUGGUUACUAUCAAGCUGAAUCCAUGUAAGGUGCUCUUUUCACGCCCAGAUGGAACGAAAAUUCAGUGCGAAGUUCCGCCAGUGGCCGCAGCUGAGAACGUCCCACUUGCUAUCACAGACCCUGACGGCAAAUCUAUUUACUCCUCGACGUUCGGACACACUCGAGCCGUGUCGGUGAUCACUGACAUAAACAGUACUAGAGCUUGCGUGGAUGGUACUACACCAGUCGGAAUUACUGGUCGUGGCUUUGGCUCCAAUCCUAAAGUCUCCAUUGGCGGUAAACCUGCUUUUAUCAUCACGACAUCAGACACAUCAAUUGAUAUUAUACUUCCAUCCCUUCCUCGAGGUUCUUACCCAGUGAAGUUAGAAUCUGGCAGUGAUGGUUUCGCUGAUUUAAUGACGAAUAAUAUUCAACCAAUACUGUACGAGUUUGAAAUCACCAGCUGCACACCAUCGGAUCUAUCUGCUUUCGGCGGUUCCCUCAUCACGUGUAUCGGAAAGGGGUUUCCAUCCGAUAAUAAUGUAUGGAAGGUCAAGAUCGGUCACCUUGAAGUGAAAAUCACGGACCUAACACCUACUCAGUUUAAAGGGGAGCUUCCUUCUACGAAGAAAACCCAUUUGGUCACGAAUCAAGGCUACAAUACAGAUUACGGUGUGAAGCAUCUGGCGUGGACUCCAAGAGCACUCACCAUCAAAGAGAAAGAUUGCGUGGAAUGGAAGUGGAAUUCAGCACCAAGGAUUGACUGGCCGAAAUGGCGAGUGUGUCAGACAGACAGCGCAGUAUCUACUACAUGCAAAGGAAGUGGUUUCAAGAGCCAAGCAUCAUCUACGGAAGGGAGUUAUACAACAUGCUUUGACACAGCUGGGACAUAUUUCUAUUGGAGUGACUUGCUUAAUAUGCAGCAGGACAAAUCGAACCAUGGUCAAGUGACUGUUCUACCAUUGAAGUCGACCUGGUCAGGCGAUCUGUCUGUCACUGCUAGUGGUCACAAGCCCAUGAUUACAUCUAAACGUCGAAAACGAGCAACCGCAUCAUGCAGUACAAUAAGUACUUCUGGAACAUUCACAUUCUCGACAAGUUGCGCACCAGAGGUCAACGACAUCACCUUCCGACCUGAUACAGAUCACUACACUGUCCAACUCACUGGAAACAAACUUAGAAAUCCUGGUCUGACCGUGGCACUUUUUAUGAAAGAUAUCCCAGUCUCUGGAUCACCUACAGGGCAGGCAGUGGAAGUGGAUUACCACCCAACGACUAACCUGCAACUCUGUGUUCCAUACAAAAUGAAACACACUGUGACUGCGAGGACACAAAUCGGAUCGGCGAUUGUUCUGAUUCCCGAGACAAACACUUUUGAGUUUAAGCCUUAUAUUCAUAGCUGUAGUCCUACCGGAGGGUCCUGCGGAGGUGCUGAUCUCGAAUGCAAAGGACUUCAUCUGCUGGACGCCACAUCUUCUUCAAACGUUGCUAGCAUAACAGUAGGUGGUCUCAAAUGUCAAGUCAAUGAUGUGAAGAACAACAAAAUCAGAUGCCGGACGCCGAACCUUGUGGCAGGUGACCACAAUAUUGUUGUAGCUUAUAAAACAAUAUGCAGUACGCCAAAUACAGCGCUUCACUUUCAAUGUACUACGUCAUGCACACCGAGUAUCACCGAUGUGAUACAUUCCUACACCUCUGGUACGGACACAAUUGUGGUAAGAGGCGACCGACUAUGGGCAGCUGGCGAAAGCGUCGACGUUCUUGUUGGUAGUACCAAGUGUACACUGACAACCAGCACAGCCACCCAGAUUGGCUGCACACUCCAAAAUCGAAUCCCAGGCCAACACGACGUGGUAGUCUACAGGCAUUCCUGCGGUUAUUCCGUCCCGAAACAAAUCACACUACAGCCUGGUCUGUUAAGACUAACACCGGACAAGGGCAGCAUCAACGGCGGCUUACAGGUCAAAGCAACUGGAGCUGGGUUCGGGGGAAAACCAGUGGUGAAACUCGAAUCUACAUCCGAAGUCCUCCUCGCCAAAUCAGUCAAAGUCAUAGAUGCAACAAAUUUAGAAUUUGUUACUCCAGUUGGUACAGCAAGUGUUUACAAGGUUCACGUUUUUUCUAACUCCCAGAAGACUACAGAAGAUGUAGACUUCACCUAUGAUUCGACUGAUGCAUGGACUCCGAAGCUAACUGUUGUGACGCCGACUACCAUUGUCCCAGGAGAUCCUUUACAGGCAAUAGUGACCAUUAUUGGCCAAGGACUGCAUCAGACGUGUGCAAAGAACACAGUCCAGCUCUGUCACGGAGGCGAUCUAACCAAAUGUUGCGCUUGCAUCGUCACGUCGACUACGGGCUGCAGUUCACAGUUGGUCUGUAAAGCGCACACCUGUCCGGCUGGCGAGUUUGAGGUGGUUGUUCUGGUGGAAGGAAAAGGAUAUGCUACGAAAGUGACCGGAGGGAAAAUCUACGUAGAUCUCGGUGUCACCAGUUUCCAGCCAAUUGAAGGUAGUCUUGCCGGAGGGCAAGUAAUCACCCUCCAAGGAAAAGGGUUUUCAGAGACAUCAACAAAGGUCACCGUAUGUGACGUUGAGUGUGCUGUCGUCAAUGACGUCGGCGCUACCUAUCCUGCAACUGUCACGAAAAUAAGUUGUAAGGUACCAAAGACAAAAGGUACUGCAGCAAAGUUGUGUGACGUCAAAGUCCAAGCAGGUUACGUUGGUUCCAUUACUGCAAGUCCACGGUACACGUACAGUCUCCUGAAGACACCAAUACUAACCAGUGUGUCCCCUCAAAUCGGUGGAACGGCAGGAGGAACUGUGCUCACCAUCAACGGAGACCAAUUUGGGACCGAUGCUACAGAUUUGUCAAUAGAUAUCGGUGGCUCAACCUGUACUAUCCAAAGUGUCACUGACACUGAGGUAAAAUGUACGACGACGCCUCACUCCCAGUCCACUUUGGAGACUGUAGUCAUCACUUCAAAAAAGCAUGGCCUGGCAUUGGGAAGUGUUAAGUUCAACUAUGCCUUCUACUGGUCUGCAAAUGCUACAUGGCCUAACGGGCAGCUGCCAACGAAGGGUGAAUUUAUCGUGGUUGACCGGGGUGCUACAAUGAUUCUUGACACUGAUACAGCCAUACUCAAGAUGCUACUUAUCAACGGUGGAACACUCAUCGUGAGUGACACUAAAGACAUCAAUCUCAACUCAGAAAACAUCCUCAUCACUGAUGGAGGCCUCUUCCAGAUCGGAUCAGAAACGAAACCGUACCAGCACCGGGCUGUCAUAACCAUGUAUGGAAGUGCAAGGUCACCAGAGCUGCCCAUUUACGGCUCAAAGAGUAUCGGUUUAAGGAAAGGAACGCUGGAUAUCCAUGGGAAAUCGCUUGGGACUACAUGGACACGACUAGAGGCUACCGCACUCACCGGGGCAACGACCAUUACGGUUGCACAUGAUGUCUCAGACUGGCCGGUGAAUGCAACCAUUGUCAUAGCUACAACAUCUGACAGGCAUUCACAGAUUGAGACUGAGAAGCGCAAAAUUGUCACUGUUUCAGGAGCUCUUAUCACACUGGAUAGACCCUUGCAGUUCCAGCACUUUGGCGAAUCCAAGACGGUAGAUGGAACCAUAGUUGAUAUCAAAGCGGAGGUCGGACUCUUGAGCAGAAAUGUUGUUAUACGCGGCUUUGAUGACCCACAGUGGAACGUUAAGAUAGAGAAGUGUCCCAAAGGGUUCCACUCAGGAGAGUUCGCAACGCAGACCUGUUUUCAGGGGAGAUUCGGUGAGGAGAUGGGCAGUGACCAGUUCGGUGCCCAUAUUCUGAUACACGCUCCGGACCCCAACCAAGGGUUUGUCACAGCACGGAUAUCCUACACAGAACUGACCUUCGUGGGGCAAGCCUUCAGACUCGGGAGAUACCCAGUACAUUUCCAUUUAAACGGCAGGCAGGAUGGUUCGUACGUCAGGGGCUGCAGCUUCCAUCAAACCUUCAACAGGGCUGUGAACAUCCACGGGACACACAAUGUCGUCGUUGAGAAGAAUGUGCUACACAACGUGAUGGGUGGUGCGUUCUUCUUGGAAGACGGGGUAGAAACUGGUAAUACUUUCAAUGAAAAUCUUGGACUCUUUGUUCGGUCGAGUACAAGUCUUCUGAACGAAGACAUCACACCUGCCUUCAUAUGGGUGACCAAUCCAAACAACACAGUCACUGGAAACGUGGCAGCUGGCGGAACACAUUUCGGCUACUGGUACCGUUUGAAUGAGCAUGCAGAAGGACCCUCAUUCGAUCCUAAUGUAUGCCCAAGAAACGUGCCUUUGGGUGUAUUUAAGAAUAACUCGGCCCAUUCUUUAGGUUGGUUUGGAUUUUGGAUAUUCCCUACUUAUCAUCCAAUGCAAGGAGGCGCGUGCGAUGCACAACUACCCGAGAUUGCAACGUUUGAGGAUUUUCACACAUAUGGCUGCGAUAAAGGCGCAGAGUCGGUAAAUACUGGCGCCAUACAUUUCAAAAAUUUUGUCAUGGUGUCAAAUGAUAAAUCUGGCCUUGAAAUAAAACUAAUCAAACACGGACAGAGCGCAAGGAUUAUAGACAGUCACAUGAUAGAUAAUGUCCCCGGUUAUUCUAUACCAGGUUCAGCUGCAGCAGGAUUGUCUCUGCCGUUUAGUCCAGGUUUAGAGUGCAACGGCGUUACCUUCUCAAACUUCAACCAAAAUGGCCGUUAUGGAAUACGAGUAACGAGAGUUGACGGUAAAUGCAUAGAUCAGUGUGGUGGGUGGUCGUACUCGUUCUCAAAUUCGGUUUGGCGCAACUCUCCAAACAAGGCAAAAUUCGAGUGGUUGCACGAAGGACGUCUCGUGGAUGUGGACGGGACAUUGUCUGGAACAAAAGGUAUGACAAUUGUUCCUAAAACUGACCUUCUCAAUCCCUCAAAAUGCCAAGACAAGUCCGAAUUUUCGGGAGGUGUUGCUGCCAGUGGAUGCGAUGCCAGUGUCAGAUUCUUCAGGAUUGCGCUGAACAAUGCUCUACCAACUUCACUGAGUGCAAAGACUAUGAUGUUUCAAAACGAACACGGGACGGCGACAGCCCCUUUCAGGGUAAAACGCUUGACUCACAAAAAGGGAUGGAUGGCUAUUCUGCCUGUCGAUAACAACACCAAGCCAAUCAUGAUGUGUUUUGAGAACAGUAACCACCUUACCAACAUAUCCUACAAAGCAAAUGUUUAUAACAUUGAGGUAACUGAUAGCGUGAUCAUCGCCCACAACCUAACUCAAGCACCAGACCGUUUCUCCAUUAUCCCGGGCCAAGAUGCUAACAGCAGCAACAGUAUGGUGACCUAUGACAACAACUUCAAUGGAGAUUAUUACUUCGACAGGUCGACCAAUAAGCUGAAUUAUCUGAUCAGCAGCCGGGAUAGGAUCACGAGCAUCGGUGCACCGCCAGGCCCAGUAACAAGAGACAUCGACUUCAAGGUCGAGACAUGUUUCUUCAAAGGCUGCAUCCAACCCGACCCGUAUAGUAUUGCACCGUCUCAACGAACAAGUUGGUUUGAUCUCGAUACUUGGAAGAAUGCUACGAAAGGUUUGGGCGGCAAUAACUGUCGAACAAGUCAGGCUCCAUGCCUCCCAGAAGAUGGAGAUGACGUUGUUAUCACGAAAGAUCAAUAUGUUUUCGUCAGUGGCAGCAUCGGACGGCAGCUGCCAAGACUUGGGAAGCUCUUCGUACAUGGAUGGUUGGAAUUUUCAAACGACCAGGAAUCAGAUCUCAUCCAUUUAAGAGCCACCCACGUGAUUUUAUUGGGCGGCAAGAUCUUCACUAGUGGGAGUAAAGCGGAUCUUCCUUUGAACGGGAGAUUAAAAAUAGAAUUACUUGGCACUCAAUCGACUCCCUGGGUACAGCUGCAGGGAGCGCCAUCCAUCGGAUCCAAAGUUUUAGCGGUAUUCGGCGUGCUGGACCUCUUCGGAAAACCACGUGUACCAAACAGAUCCUUGGCCAGGCUGGCAAAAACUGCCAAAAAAGGUGACAACACAAUCGAAAUAGAUGACAAGCGUGACUGGGGAGCUGGAGAUGAGAUUGUUCUUACGUCUACAUCAUUUAAAACCUCGGAAACAGAGACAUUUGCGAUAACGAAUGUAUCAGGAAAUUCACUUACCUUAAAUGCAAGUUUGGCUUACGAUCAUAUUGCUAUAAAUGCGACGUCAGCAAAACUCAAGUCAAGCAAUAAGGAGUUCAGGCUUGCUGCGGAGGUUGGGCUACUUUCCAGGUCCAUCGAAAUCAUUGGUGCAGAGUACGAUAAUAUGCAAGCAGAGGCGUUUGGUGCAAGGGUGCUCAUCGGAUCGGCCUAUACCAGCACUGCUGUCACAACUGGUGCGGCUCGAAUCCGCAACGUCAGGUUUAGAAACUAUGGACAGUUGGGCUUUUCGGAUUCGUACGAUCCUCGCUUUGGCUUGGCUUUUCUCAACACUGGAGAUUCAACGACAAAGAAUCCAUCAUUCGUUAAAGGAUGUUCCUUUAGUCACGGAUUUUCUACGGCAAUUGGUGUGUUUAGAGCAAAUGGAGUCACCCUAGAGAACAAUGUUGUAUUUCGGCCAGUUGGAUCAGGAAUCGAAGUUGAAGGCAUGAAUAAUGUCAUCCGCGACAACCUCGUCACCCAACUAAUUUGGCAAGGACAUUACUACGGACGAAUUGAACCAACGAAUACUAAGUGGCCAGCUGGGAUCGUGGUUAAUAAAGCAGAUAAUCUGACAUUGGAAGGGAACGUGGUGGCCGGGUCGGACAGAGCUGGCUAUCGAAUCAGAGGAGAGAUCUGCUCUGCAGCGCCCAAGUACAAGAAUAAUGAAGCCCAUGCAGUGUUAAUUGGAACCUUUCAACUACCCGGCGACGAGCAAAAAGACUGCACCUUGAUCUCAGGUUUCAAAAUAUGGCGGGCGUUCGACUAUGGAGCGUAUUCCCAAACAGAAAGUAAAGUAGAAAUGAGCAAUCUUCUGCUUUCUGACAACACAGUUGGGACCUUAAACAUCGUCAUUGGGCCUCCAUCAGUCAGCCACGUCUGCGAAGAAAAAACCGUCACAAUCAAGCAUUCUCUCAUAGCGGAGAGUGGUGAAUUGCAUUGCGAGGACGACGUGGAUCACAGAACCGAUAAGAAUAUCGAAUUCAGCGCAAAUUCGCGGUCGUGGGACGUGAAAGGUGGAUAUACUGGUGUGGGAUGGCCAAUGUUCUUGUCCAAAUACAAUGGCGCCCCUUCAAAUAUGAAGCAGUUCAAGGGAGCUAUGUCGUACCCAGCAAUAUCUGGUCACACUUUGGUAAAAGACACCAUGUUUCAUGGUUUCAAAAACAGGCAAUGUGGCACAAGAUGGCGGCGAAGUUACAUAUUUAGUACCAACCCUGCGCAGGAGGAUCACUUACACAGCAUCAGUACAGAUAACCUAAUACUUGAUGAAGUUGAGGACGAAAGCAUAGCAUUUUUCCACCGAGCAGAUAAAGGACGAAUCAACCCUAGCGAUUGCGUAGACAUGGAAUGCGAUGCAAAAAAGAAGUGUUUUAUCAAAGAUAAAGAUGGUUCGCUUACCGGUGGGUCAGGGGAAGGUACCAUCCUUCCCGAGGCGGAGUUUGAGUGGGGCGGCGAUCCAGUACGAGGUGUUGGUGACUAUAGGAUACCGAAGGUGGCCCUGCAGGAUGAGAAUGGGGUGAAGCUAAAGGUGACUGAUGUCUGCCCAAACAAAGGUAUUUAUCGAGACAAGAAGUGCAAACUAUUAAAGGAAUGGCAGGCGUACCAAUGCAAGGAUAGUUUACGGUACGCACAGCUUGUUAUUGAGAGCAUGGACGCAGACACCGAGACGAGGCGGCUCUCACCAGUGGCCAUAAUCAGUUGUAAUGGGGCAAGUGACCAAUACGUGGAUCUUCUAAAUGGACCCAUGGAUCACGGAUGGUGCUCUGGCUAUACUUGUCAGAAGCGGAUAUCAACGUUCUGGGCGGUUGCGCCUCUUGGGAAGUGCAUCAAAAUCUUCUUCAGCAGUACAGCGCCCCAGAAGCUUCGCCUGCGUCUCUUAGAUGUGACAGCCACAGACUCCAUGAUGGUGUCCAUAUUUUACAAAACACGUCAGGAACUGGAGGUCAGCAAAGGUACUGAAAGUGUUUUGGUAGACCCCGCAAAUGUCAAGGUCAAUGAGAAAAACGAGAAGAUCUACCAGUCUACCGGGUUCUCGGAACCGAAAAUCACGGACAGUGCUGGAACAAAUUAUUUCGAUGGAAAAACGCAACUGUUGACAGUUAUUAUGAGAGGAAAGGAGCUCAUAGAUAUCGAAAUUAAAGAGGGAAUCGUAGUCGAUUUCGGGUUGCCUAAAAUGACGACCGCAGAGUUUUAUGGGACAAAUAUUAUUAUUAAUCUUGCUAUGUUUCUCGGUAUUCCGAAGAAUACGAUUAAGAUUGUUGGUGUGUCUGGUGCAAUGAGUGCUGGACGACGUCGCCGAGCAACCACAUCCAUGGUCGUGACAAUAGUUAUUUCAAACACUGGAGGAAGUCAAAUUAAUCUGUUUCAAUUAUCUCAAAAACUGGUGGAUGAAACUCAGACGAACCAACUCUCAAUUAUACUAAAUAUCACGAUCCAUACGACCACCGUCUCGCCUCCGCCCCCAAAGGUCGGAUCACCUGAGUAUGCUGCUUAUAUCUCGAAGAUCAACAACAUGGGGCGAGGACCACCGCCUCCAGUGGGUGUACCUGACAGCCUCAUAUUUGAACGAUAUCCUGAUGGGUUGUCAGAGGGAUUGCCAUUCAAAACACAGCCUUGGCUCAGGUUCACAGAUGCUAAGGGUGUUCCCCUCGACAACGUCGGGACUGCCACAACAAACUGGACGGUUUCUGCCACCCUUCGUAGCGGCAGCAACCCAAAGACUACACUGAUAGGAGAAUCAACAGCAACGUUUGUUGACGGUGUCGUGAAGUUUACCGAUCUGCAAAUACGUCAUCAUGGCAGCGGCUACAUUAUAGAUUUCACUCUUACUAACCCCACGUUGUCAGAACGGAAGAGUAUAGCAAGCCAGCCGCUGGAUGUCCACCGUCGGAAACUGAGACUCACCGUAACGAAUCUCGUCAAAUACUAUAUGAAGGGAGAGAUGUUUGAUAUGAAGCUGAAUGUCACCGAUACGGGGGAUGCGAAGGCGGGACUAAAUUUGAAUUGGAAGGGCCAUACAUGGACAGCGUCUAUAGCUCUGCACACGAAGGCAAAGCAUCUCGGCGAACUACAAGGACACAAACAAGGAACCAUAGACUUGACCAACAAUGUGAUAACGUUUACUGACCUCUCUUUCACCAUGAAAGGAAGUUAUGCGUUAGUGGUGCAGUUGGUGUCAAAUCCAACAGGAUACGAAAUCGAGUUAGUGCAACGGGUUACGGUCAGCGAUGGUACCUCAUACGAGUCAAACAAGGAAUGCAAACUUCGCUUCAUAACUGAUUACAGCACUGUUGAUGGCGAUGAGGAAGCAUUCUGUACCACCGUGGAGAAUGACAUGACAGUGAAAUACUCCAAGGUGCAUUUCAGCGGCUGCCAAGCAUCUAAGGGAAGUAUAGUGGUGGCUUUCCAAGUCCACGGCAGUGUGACCGAUAUAGAUGACUUCCAUAAGACUCUGUAUGCCAGCCUAGGCAACUACACUAUCACAUUUAGUGGUUAUACGAUGAAGAGUGAUGGGACCUUAUAUGUAGAUGGCAGGUUGUACACAGAGGAGAGGAGUAAUGACGUAAACACCAACACUGUUAUCAUAGCCGUGGUAUGCAGUGUGGUAGCUGGUGGCAUAAUUGUGGGGGUUGGUGCCGCGGUUCACUGUGCAAAGAAAAGGAAAGACAAGCUUGACCAGGAGACAAAGCAAAGCAGAUCAGAGACUCCAAGUCGCAACUUCAUCAAUCCACUCAACGAAGAUGCAAUAAGUCUCAACUGGCAUGGGGCUUCUCCCUCACCAAGAGACGUGAUGACACCAUCACCCCUGCAUCCACCACCUUACAGCCAGGAGCCCUCCCAGCAGUUUGAUGGUUCGGUAAAUGGACAUUCACCAGUUGCUGCGAUCUCCGGGCAGAUCAUCCCAACUCCCCGUCAUGGCCUGAACAAACAGGCAGGCCAUAUGUCCACUACCACAACCCGCCGGGUGAGUGCAAACAGGCCCCCGAACCAACUGAGGGCAUCUGAGAGUAUGACGUAUAUCGAGUAGAGGUACCCGUAAUCUCGGGGUUGUGUAUUAACGGCACGUAGUUUUCAUGCUUUGUUUAGCACGACAGCUGGACGAAGGGCUGUAUUCGACUCCCUUCUCGACCAGAAAACGAUGUUCACCGACGAGUCGAAUUCGUCGAAUGCGAUUUUCUCGCGUGACUUUCUAGCUCCCAAAUCUCAACCCACCCCGGUGUGUGCGGUUUGUGGAGUGAAAAGAAAAGACCGGAAACAAACAUUGCGGACUAGGAAGAGCUGGGUCCAUGCAAAAAUGCAGUUUCUGUGAGGUUUCCAAAUCAACAAAUGAUAAAAGACCUGAUCAUAGCUUCAAACAAUGUCGUUUUGUAAUUUUGGGUAACAAGGAAAAGUGAACGACUUUUAUAAAUUGUAAAAUCAAUGUGUUUGCAUUGCGUUCUGUGUGAAAUUUGAAUUUGGUUUUUUGCUUGUAUCUUUGUAGUAUCUUGCUAUAACCAAAAGCUUUUCAAACAAUAUAAACAUGGCGAAAACCUGCUGUAAAUGGAACCUUUCCCCAUCAUGUAAUCUUGAACUUUUGCAUCGCGUUGUGUUUUUAAUCGAUUCAAACUACAUGUAUUUGUCUUCAGACGUCAUUAAAUCUGCUUUUCUGCA